UUUUUUCACACUAACAUCAACUUUCACAUUCAAGAAGAGUGCAGGAUUUAAGGUAAUAAAGUGAAGUGAGUAGAGAGACUCAAAACAAUAAUGGGGGCAGGGAAAGGCUCAUCUCUUGUUCAUCUUCUUGUAAUAAUACUAUGCUUGGUCGCUUUUGGCUUCUCCAUCGCCGCUGAACGUCGUCGUAGCACUGGUACCGUACAUAAAGAUGAGCAUACGAAUGCUACAUAUUGUGUUUACAGCUCAGAUGUUGCAACAGGAUACGGGGUAGGAGCAUUCCUGUUUUUACUCUCAGGUGAAUCUUUGCUUAUGGGGGUUACCAAAUGCAUGUGUUUUGGUAUACCUUUAACACCUGGAAGUGAUCGUGCUUGGACAAUCAUCUAUUUUAUCUCAUCAUGGAUGACUUUUUUGGUAGCAGAAGCAUGUUUAGUUGCAGGAGCAAAGCAGAAUGCUUAUCAUACUAAGUACAGGGAUAUGAUUUAUGCACAAAACAUUUCUUGUGAAACACUGAGGAAGGGGGUUUUUGUUGCAGGAGCAAUUUUCGUUGUUGCAACAAUGGUUCUUAAUGUAUAUUACUACGUGUACUUCACCAAGGCGACUAACCAGGGUGCUCGUAAAACAAACCGUACAAGUUCAACAGUCGGGUUAGCUGGUUACCCAUAGUAUUAUGCUUGUAAUAGAUUACGGUUUGCAUUUUAUCUCUUGUCGAAUUAGGCUCUGUUGUAUUGAAGAUUGGCAGCAGCAGCAUACUACUAAAGUUUGUGAUGUUCAGUGCCUCAGUGGCAUGGUGGCAACAAAUAUUUUGGAACUCCUAGUAAAAUAUAUUAGAUCGGAUCACCAAAUAUUCCUUCUUUC